AUGGGAAGGAGUAGAUUUAAAGGGAUUGCCUUCCGUCUGUAUAUUAAAAUUAAUAAUGAAACGUUCGUUCAAGGGGGUUGUUCAACGUUCGGCCAUUCGUGCUACGGUGGAAUGGGCAAGAGGGCAAACGAUGAGGAAGUAAAUGCAGAAGUUUUCCAGGAAAUAGAACAGGAUAAUCCUGAAAUAAUAUUUACCGGCCCCAGAAACAGUGAAGUUGAUGAAACAUGGGCUCCUGAACCAAAACUUUCGUUACAACAAUAUCGCCACUUUUCUCCCUAUUUAAAGCAAUGGUUAAGGAAAUACCUAGCAGAGAAGGAAUCCCUUCGCAGUGAAAACUAAAAAACACGUGCCAGAACAUCAUAUACAUAUAAUGAAAUGUAUUAUUAGAGUUACAUAAGCUGUAAAAUUUUAUCAUAAUCUUUUCUAGUCUUUUUCUGACGUUUGACGAAACGAAUAUACAUGCAAAGGUUGCAAUCAAUAUUUAAUACCUUUAUAACAUUCAUUUCAUGUCUGAUAACUGAUAAAUAAUAAGGUAUUAAAUGAACAACGUACAUAUCUCCUUGUUUAUAAUAAAUUAAUAAAUAAUUUAGAAAAAGAUGCUGAUGAACUUUUGCAUCCUAUUUUCGUUUCCUAUUCAAAUACUUUUACGUGUGCAAUACAAUUUUAUUAUGGUUGUGAUCAUUCAUUUAUAAAUGUUUUAAAAGACUAAAUAAAA